GGUCUGUCCCCUCUCCGUGUCUCUGAUGAUGUCUCUGGUAGACUCUUUGGGGUAACUCUUCCAGGUGUUGGGUAGUUAAGUCUGCGGGUCGCGUUCCCCUGUCGGACGUAUGUGUUCUUGUUUUGGACACGCGGCGCUGGGACGUCCGGAAUGGAGACUCCGAAGGAUCCGAAGGACCAACGCACGCGCUCAAAGCUGAACGGAGCAAACACGCACGAGAUGGACUUCACGAGGACCAAACUCGGAAGGUUCAUGAACUCGAGGGUCCCGUCCAGUAAGAGGUAUCAGCCCACUGAAUAUGAACAUGCAGCAAACUGUGCCACUCAUGGGUUAUGGAUCCUCCCCAGUCUGGUUGGCGGGUCUGUACUCCACUUCCUGUCUGUGGACCAAUGGCAGUGUGUGGCUGCCUGGCUCUAUGGGAGUGGUCUCACUGGCCUGUUUGUCACCUCAACUCUCUUUCACACCGCUGCCUGGAAAAUCAGCCACCUCCGGACCGUAGAGCAGCGUUUCCACAUGUGUGACAGAAUGGCCAUCUACUUCUUUAUAGCUGCCUCCUACUCUCCCUGGUUGAUGCUGAGGGAGCUCGGCCCCUGGGCCUGCCACAUGCGUUGGCUGAUCUGGGUCAUGGCGUGUGUUGGAUCCAUGUAUGUCUUCUUUUUCCACGAGAGGUACAAGCUGGUGGAGUUGUUGGGAUAUGUGGCCAUGGGGGCUGUUCCUGCUUUGGUCAUCCUGUCUAUGGUGGAGCGAGCAGGUGUGUGUGAACUGGCAGUGGGAGGAGUCUUCUAUGUGGUGGGUGUGGUUUUCUUUAAGAGCGAUGGUCUUGUCCCUUUCGCCCACGCUAUCUGGCACCUUUUUGUCGCAGCAGGAGCAUGCAUUCACUAUUACGCCAUCUGGAGGUACCUGUACUUUCCUGGACCACUACUGCAGACCUCAAGGUGACGAGCAGCUUUCACCCAAGAUCCCGUUUCUGCAUGAUGACUGGAGAAGAGUGGCUUUUAGACAUGAAGUCACUGUGGUUUGACUACAGCUGUCCUCAUGAAGCUACACUUGGAGAGAUGCUGCUGCAAUGAGCUGACUGUCAGCGCUGAUUGCUACUGGUCAGGACGUCCACAGGUGGGGACGACACCCUGGGAUCAAACACUAACUGGGGAACUACAGGAGUGAUUUUAGCAUUAUGGUCUCUGAUAAUACAUUACAGGUGACUGAUUUUUGAUUUAGUGGCUCAACAUUUUGAGUAAUAAGGUAAACUACCUUUUUCAGUCCCUCCAGGAAUCUUUUAGUAUUAAUAAGCUACAGAUCAUACGUUUUGAUUUUGUUGACGAGACAAAGACUUUAGUAUCGGACAUUCAGAAUCCAUGUUUCCCCCUGUGCUGUGCGUCUUUAAAGAUGGCGUGAUGACUUCCUGUGACAGCCUGAGUUAGUAUCUGAGGGGC